AAAAUUUCCUUUGACAAAAAAAGAGGAAACGUUGAACGUGCGAACAACGAAGAAAAAAUAAUGUUAUACCAUCUCGACAUUGUUUAAUAUUUUCCGUAUUUUCUCAAUGAAAUUGCAAUUUUAAAGUUAUUAUCUCGCUAAAAAACGCAAAACAAUGUUCUGCUAAUAGUUUUAAAGGUGGUGAUAAUCGUUGAUUCGCAUUUUAGUGGGUAGCGUUGGUGAAAUUGUGCAAAGAAAAAGGGAGAAAAAAUUCAGCUAACAACAGGACAUAGAAAUGGAUGAAAAUUUUCAUUUCUGGUUGGUGAUGUGUUCUGCAAUAUAAAAUGUGUGUGUUGUGGAUGUUUUGAAAUGGACGACAGUGCAAUUUAAUCGUAAAUACAAAUGUUUCGGUGCUAUUCCGUUUAACCAUUUUUAAAAGUUUUCAUUGCGAAUGAUUCGUUUAAUGGUUCUGUUGCGAUGUCAUAUUCCUUGAUUGAAAAUUAUUUUUUCGAUUUUCCGUCAUGUUGAAAAUUUCGACAUUUUUUGCGUUGACUUUUUGAUGUUUGUUUGUCGCGUGAACGGGGUUACAUUUUUCGGAUAAUCUAAUUAAUGCUGGCAGUAUUACCGAGUACCAAUUAGGAAAUUGAUGUGACAACCUUCAUUUAUCAGAGGAUUUAUCAUGCUUUUCGUAGAAUUAUAGAGUGGAGCAAAAAUUCGCUAUCGUGGCGGAACCAGAUAAUUUGCCUGAAUGUCAUCGGACGACGGCAUCGAAUACCAUCCCAAUUUAAACCAUCAAAUUCCAGCUCAACAACAACAUCCUUUAAAUCUAACGAACACGUCCACAGCAUCGUCAACAUCUACAGCUGUAUCAUUAACGGCUGGAACUCAAACAUCAAAUAACAGCUCCAAUCACAAAGGGAGUAGCACAAACACUCGCAGAAAAUCGUCGAUCACUUAUUCUCAGUUGCACAACCAGAACUUUGGAAUCAUUAAGGACAAUAACAAUGAUCUGCUAUCGACAUCAACAAACGGAUCAAUUGAUCAUGCAUCAAAGUCUAUGCAUAGUUUGGCAUCUGCUUGCUCUGGCAACAGCGCGUAUGGAAGCAAUCCUUCGCCGAGUCGGUUCAGCCAAAGUGGUGACCUUCAUUUGGGAAAUCGGCUGUCGAUUCAUUCUGAUCGGUAUGAAGAGAAUAUUACGUGCUGUCUGCCACCUCCAUCACCAGCGCCAAAUAAUGAUCGGUAUGUUAUGGGAAUGCCAUCACCAUCUUUGUCGGCACAUCAUUACCAAGAACAUACCAAGUUUGCAGUACAUCAUCGAUCAAUGUCUCCAAGUUCUAGGUACAGAAGCUCGCUGCCAGACCGUUACAGAGACGUUUCACCGAAAUGUGAACGAUUCAUUCCUCCCCCUCAUUACCUUGCCAACAGUACACCAUUAGCCUCAAGUGAUAGCUACGCUUACUUAUCAGCUAACGUUCAUACACCCGUCAAACGUUAUGUUCCGACUCCACCGACUCCAACCGAAAUUUAUUCAGAACCAUCAUCGACGAGCUCCAAUUACCAUGGUGGCUCGCAUCUACCUCAGCAGCAAUCCCAACAGUCGCAGUCGCAAGCACAACAACAACAACAACAAUCGAUGACUCGAAACGCUCAAAAUAGCACACUUCCAUACCGAUACCGAAUGAAAUGUUGUGCCAAUGAUCCAUCUAGUAAUCUUCAAUCACAGCAUCAACAAACAACAAGCACUGCCGAUCACUAUGCGACGCCGCCCCGUGUACGACCAGUCAAAUGUACACAACAACCCUCGGGACUCGCACAUUCGUCAAGUACUGUAUGUGGUAAUUCAGUGGGAAGUAACACAAAUAAUGGAAGUACCAGUAACAAUGGCCGACAAUCCACAUCGUCGUCAUCGUCAUCUACGAGGAAUAAUUGUUCAAAUGAAUACAUUCAGCGCACUCCUAGCAUGGAAUAUAUUGGGCCAUCUUCUGCACGUGUAGCAACACCAGUUAAUUCAGGCAACGAAGCAACUAACGGAACAUGUUUACACUGCAGCAAUGCAUCAACAAUGCGUCGAACCACUGGUGUUCAUCAAACAACCCAAACAACAGGUCCAAUCAGUCCUGUGCCCUCACAACCAUUAUCAAUAUCCUCUACCUCCAACAACUUAUCCUCUUCUUCAUCAGCUUCAUCUACGUCAUCUACAGCCUCAGCACAAUGUUCAGAUGCUUCCGAGCAGUUAACAGUUCCUUCAUCAUCCCCAAGUCCACCUGCAUCUUCAUCGGUCAUAUCAUUGCAACAACAACAGCAGCAAUCGCAACCAUUAUCACCAAUUCCUCAUUCUUCUGUUGAUGAUCACAUCAUUACGAAGCAAGCUAAACCGAAUGCAGCAUCUCAGCUACAAUCCACACAAACUAAUACUUCAGUAGUUCCCCGAUCAAUGCAUCAACAAACUCCGCAAAGCCAACCGCCACCAUCAUCCGUCAAUCAGCAAUCUCAAAGUUUGCAUUUAUCCAACAACAAUUUAAUGAUCGGAUCAACAUUGACACUACAGCGAACUUCUGGGCUGCCCCUUCGACAACAGAUUCAGCAGCACCAACAACGUAUGUCCCGCAAACAACGUGUAAAAGAAUAUCUUCGGCGUGAAAUAGCCAAGUUUUUCGGGGUUGACUGUUGCAGUGAAGAAAUUGAACGAACAAUUUGGGCAGAUAGACAAAAGCGUUUAGCUGUAAGACGAUUCGGUCAACUGAAACCAGAUGCUGAUUUAAUUGGUCAUAUGGGUCAUCAACAACGUCGAGAACAGCACGGUGAUAGACCGGAUAUUCUACCAGCUCAAACAAACGAUGAAACUGAUAUUCGUCGAUUGGAAACAGAUCACCGAAAUCGGCUAUUGAUUGAACGCAAGGCUACAGUUCCGACAAUGAUUUGGAAUGGAAUGUCAUACAUCAUUCAGUUGUUGAGUAAAAAUCAUCCGAGACCACAAAGACAAUGGUCCCGCAGCUUUGCACCUUGCCAUGUAUCACAAAAUGAUGAUACGCCAGGUGAUAUGUUCGAUGGUUUAUCUCCGUUGCAAGACGACGAAGUAUUUUUUGGAUCGCCAAAUAAUAUUGGUAAUGCUGCCAUGGGUGGUAAUGGAAACAGACAACAAAACCAUCAAAUGAUUGAACAGUCUCGUCAGAUGUAUAUGGGUGAAAGAGUACAUGGAUGGCGUACGAGUGCGACGGAACCGCAAAUAAAUAAUCAGAUUCAAGGUCAUCGUGGCACGCGGAUAUCCUCGCAAAUUCUUGAUGGAGUAUUGGAAAAUUCUAGACGCCCGUUGGCUCGAGAAGUGAAGUUACUCAGACCGAAUGAACUAGAUGAUCGAUACGAUCACCGGCCAUUUUUCACAUACUGGAUCAAUGCGGUCCAGAUCAUCGUUUUAAUCAUUUCAUUGGUGUGUUAUGGCAUUGGACCUAUCGGUAUUGGAAUGGAACAAAAAAGUGGUCAGGUUUUGGUUACAAGUUUAAGCUUGCAACAAGUUCAACAUCAGGAACCAAGGAAUGUGUGGAUCGGUCCUCGUGGUGACGAUCUCGUACAUUUAGGCGCGAAUUUUGCAGCCUGUAUGCGACGAGACACAAAAAUAUUGGAUGUAAUUUCAAAGACAAGAAGACAGGAAAGAGAAACUGCAUGUUGCAUUAGGAAUGAUGAUUCGGGAUGUGUGCAGACUUCACAAGCUGAUUGUUCCGUAGUACGAGGCCUGUGGCCGCAGAAGUCCAUAUCAACAUGGAAAAAAUGGUCACCUGGCGAGUCUGGUCCUGGUGGACGAAUAUCCGGCUCUGUGUGUGGCCUUGACCCAAAAUACUGUGAUGCACCUGCUUCUGUAGCGCCAUAUGAAUGGCCAGAUGACAUAACUAAAUGGCCGAUAUGCCGCAAAACUAAUUCAUUUUCGCAAAGAUUUAGAUUUAAGGAUCACACGGCUGAGCAUAUGGUUUGUGAGGUAAUUGGACAUCCUUGCUGUAUAGGAGUAUAUGGAGAAUGUCGUAUAACAACUAAAGAGUUUUGUGAUUUUGUAAACGGAUACUUCCACGAGGAAGCUUCACUCUGUUCACAGGUAUCUUGUCUGAACGACGUGUGUGGAAUGUUUCCGUUUAUAUCUUUGGAUGUGCCAGAUCAAUUUUAUCGAUUGUUCACAUCACUGUGCUUACAUGCUGGCGUUCUGCAUUUAGCAAUCACGAUUGCCUUUCAACAUAUAUAUUUAGCCGAUUUGGAACGCUUGAUUGGACCGAUACGUACAGCUAUUGUUUACAUUGGCUCUGGUAUAGCGGGAAAUUUAACGAGUGCAAUAUUUGUGCCAUACAAGCCAGAGGUUGGACCACUGGCUUCUCUGGCUGGCGUCGUCUCAUCACUAACGGUGCUACUAAUGCUUAUCCAUUGGAAACAAUUAAAAAAGCCGCACAUGGCUUUGAUCAAAUUAAUUUUUAUAGCUGGUUCUUUAUUCGGUAUGGGUACCCUACCUUGGCAACAGAAUUUUAUUGGAUUAUUCGCUGGAAUUUCGUUCGGCACAUUAUUAACCGUUGCCUUGGUGCCAUUCGUUAGUAUAACUAAGUAUGGUAGACAGAAGAAGAUCAAUUUAAUUUGGACGUGUUUGAUAUUCCACCUGAUCGUUUAUAUCGCCAUGUUCAUCAUAUUUUAUCUAUUCCCAAUGGCAUUUGUAUCGCUUGGUUUAGGCGGUGAGGGAUUCGGUCUGAACAACGGAUACACAAACGGUGGAUACAGUGUUGGCGGUAAUCCUGUUUCAUGUGCCAAAGGCACUUGUACGGGUAUCGAUGGUGGAGGUGCACGGAUAAAUGCAUGACGUCAACGUAUUGGGUUUAUGUUACAUAUUUAUAUUAAAUUAAUGUUAAGACGAUAUUAGAUAUUCAACAAUUAAAAAAAAACAAUAAAAAUAAUUUAUCACUCAAAACUAAACACACAUUCACACACACAAAAAAAGAUGAUAUUUUCAAAACACAAAUACAAAAUAAAUGAAAAAGGAAAACGAUUGAAGCAUAAUAAUAAUUAAAUUUAAAAUCAAUUCGAGGUACUGACUUGAAAUGGAAUGGAAUCGUUUUGUUGAUUUGUACCGUUUCAGGAGGAAAAUAAAAAAAAAUGGAAAUAAAAAUAAACUCAAAGUAAAACAAAGAAAAAAAACAAGUGUAAUAUUUAAAUUAAAUUUAAAAAAAAGCAAAAAAAACAAGACCUUCGAUAUGAUUCUAUAUAAAUUAAAUGUAUAAAAAUAAUAAUUGAAAAAUAAAUUAUAUAACGAGA